AUGGAGUUCGCAGAAAACACUCGCUUCAUUCGGAAAGCGGACGAUAAACAACUCGGGGAGCAUAUCGUACUUACGCCCCCAACAACUCCAGUAUAUACUUUGAAGCCGUCACCUUUGACGCAAGAGGAUUCCGUAUUCGAUGACAGCCUCUACGACGAAAGCGAAUGGGAAAGCGCAUACAGUAUCGAAGAAAGCGUUGCUAUAUGGGGUUCAGUUAUGUAUGAAGACCCAAACUACGAGGACAUUAAUAUUAAUAUGGCUGAUGCUUUUCCGGUGCUCUCAGCGAUUGAGCCAAAGUCCGAACCGAGCGGAUUUGGUAUGAACGAUGACGCCGAUAGUCGCAUAGUUCAGCCAUCAUGGUCGGUUAAUGGACGAGAAGACACUCAACGUGAUGUGUGUGGAGGCGUUGAGGAGGGAGGAGGAAUAAAAGGUGGAGAUGACGGUGGCGGUUGA